GUUUGAAAAACGGCACGUAUGUUUUGGAGAUUUGGAAGUGAAAACGGCACGUAGUUGGUGGUUAAGUGGUUAGUCUGUCCUUUCUUUGGUUUGGAUUAAGAUAAACGCGUUACCAAACAGAUGGUUAGGGUUUUGUUAUGGUUUUUUUUCCGGUGCCUUUGUAUAUAAAUACUUCUCCAGCCCAUUAUUUCAGAAAAAUAUGUUCGGCGAUUUGUUUGAUUUUUUUUUUUAGCUCGUUUUGUUUGUUCAUUAGAAUUCAAUCUUAGGUGGCUUUAUUAGAGAGGAGCAUCAGUGAUGAAUUCCAUGAAAAAAUUGUUAUCCUUGCACUUUGAUUGCUAGUGAAGAUAAAAUUGGGGUUUUCGAUUUCUGAGAUUGCUCCUCUCUUCUUCUUGUUUUUCUAGUUUGAGAGAUUCUUGAAUUUGGUAUUGGUGUAACGAUUGGAUCAAUGAUUUAAGUUAAUUAAACUGCGUUAUCUAUCUGCAAUUCUCCUCUUUCUAGGAGUUUGAAGAAAACCAUAAAAACCUGAGAUCCAGUCUUUUUACCUUUGAAUUGUUUGAUGUUAGAAACAGAUCGAUGAUGUUAUUAUAAAACUGCGUUAUCUAUCUUAAGAACUCCGAAAUAGGAGUUGCAGAUACUAAACAGAAUCGCUGAGAUCUGAUUUAAUUUCAAUGUAAUUUUUCUAGUGUAAGUCCAAAAAUCCACUGUUAGAAAUUGCCUAUACCUCUUAAAGAUGAAUUAGUCUUAUUUGAUUGUGAAAAAGUAUUAAACUGAAACGAGCUGUGCCGCUUUUAGACUUCAACUUGAUGAACUAGAAAAAUCAAAUUCUAAUAACUUGACAGAGUUGAGCUUGAUAUGUUAAAGAGUCCACACAAACUAUUCCCAGUUCACAUAAAUAAACCGAUCAAAGCUGAACACAAUCUGAUAUAUGAGAAUUGCAUAUUAUUCCGGCUUUAUAAACGUAGAAGCUAUAAUGAUCAGUUGAUCAAAAAGAAAAAAAAAAGGCUAUAAUGAAUUAAUGAUCAUAACCUAUAUUUGAAUUUUCAAACACAAAAAGUUAGCUAAAUGCCUAUAUCCAAUUUAGGAGAUGCAUCAAAACGAAAUAUAACACUUAAUGGGUCGGUUGACAAAAAAAAAACACUUAAUGGGUCAACGCCCAAGUAGUAAAAUAAAAACCUUAAUUUUUUUGGACAAAGCAGCCCAGACACAAAGGCCCAAAUAGUAAACCCAAAAUGUCUGAACCGAACGGUUCAGUUUUCCAAUUUUAACCCUUACACAAUUGGUUUUGCCGCCACAAUCAGGCGCAAAAAUCACUCCCGGCAAAAAAAAAAGAAAAUCGAAAUUAAACCGGGUUCCAAAUUGCUCGAAAAAUCUCCCGCUUCCUUUGUUUAACUUCUUCUUCUAAUCAUAUCUUCAAUCUAUUCUAGAUUCUCCACUUCAUUUUUCCCCUUCAGUCUUCCUGUUUUCUAAAAAUGGUGAGGACGACCAAACCCAAGAGCGCGGAGCGUGUAGGCAAGGGUAAAGUCACUCCAAUGCAAGUCGCCUUCCUCGUGGACCGCUACCUCUGCGACAACCGCUUCUUAGAGACCCGAUCCGUUUUCAGAUCCGAAGCUUCUUCACUCAUCUCCAAAUCUCCUCUUCGCGAAGUUCCGUGCAGUUUGAUACCACUGGACGAUAUUUUAAACGAAUACAUAAGCCUCAAGGAGCAAAAGGUCAUUGUCGAUCAAGAGAAAGCUAGACUCGAUCAAGAGAAGACUCGAGUUCAGAAUCUUUUACAAGGGAUGCAAGAUGUCAUGAACGUUUACAACUCCACCGCCGCAUCAGCUCCUCCUCCUCCGGCGAUUACGUCAUCAGCAGCUCCGACGGCUAUUCAAGUGGCUGCCUCUACUUCUCAACCGAGCAAUAGCAUCGUCGUCUCUCCCUUAGGCGGGGCAGUGCAUCAUAGCGCACCUAAUCUUAUGUCAGCAUCAUUGCCAGGAAACAAAAGAGUUGGAAACUUCACAGCACCUUCCAGUACUCAGUCUGUAACCAGAAAGCGAAAGAGUCCUGAGGUUUCUCUAGGAGCUCCUCCUCCUACUUCUGUUUCUAGUAAAGGGGUGAUGAAAAAGAUUCCACGAGCUGCUGCUGCCAAGGGCACUAACUACUUGACGUUUCAGCCGUCACCUAACACUCAAACGCCAGUGAAUAAUAACAGUGUAGCUAAUGACUCGUCUGAUCUUACAUCAACUGUGGCAAAGCGUUUGUGUUACGGACCAUCAGACAUGUCACCUCCGACAACCAAUUCAGCUUGUCCGAAGACACCACAAAAGCAGUUAUCUCCUCAGCAAGAAGUUACUCCUCCUACAAACUGCACAAUCCUCACCAAGGAGAGAAUCACAGUCAGUCCUAACAAGCAGAUUGGUUCUUACACAGUGGAAAGGAGCCGUAUUGUUUCUUCUUUUUCGCCGGUUAAGUCGAGUAAGAGAGAUCAUGUGAAAGGAAGGCUCAACUUCGAUGAUGACGAUGAAGAAGCCACAAUGCACUCAGACGCACCUGCUUCUGGAGAUUUGGUUUCGUCUUCUUAUUCAUCAGGCUCUGGCUCUGGCUCCGAAGCAGAAGUUGAUUUGUUUGAUAUUGAUUUCCUGAACGAAAACUUUCCAUUCUCGGAGGUACUAGGCGAUUUUGAUCUUGGUUGUGAAGGAAUAACAGACUCUUGCCUGCCACAGCCCUCAGACUUUCACAUGGAGACUGCUUCAGGGUCAUCUCCUGGAUCAGUGAAUGAGAAUCUAGUGCCUGACCAGGUUGUGUCUGAGUUUACUUCAACGGUAACAGAAAUGAUUCAAGAAAAAGACAUGAACACACAAGGAUCUGACUCCAUGACUACUGUAAAGUCCAUAACAAAAUGCCUACGAAUCUUAAGUCCUGCCAAGAGUAGCAGACAAAGAAGUCCAAAUUGAAGGAUUCCGAGAGAGCUUUAAACAUUAGCGUAGAUCACAAUCUGUGAGAUGAUGCAAUCUUUCAUUCCUUUGAUUGGCUCCUAACUAGGUCUAAAUUUAAAUAUAAUAUAAUUUCUAGAUGCUAUCUGUAUUAGUCCAACUAUAUCUUCAGAUUCUCACCGUUUUCAAUGGCUUUCAAUGUAAAGCAGAACCCUUUGAUUAUGUAUUAUGUCAUAUAUUAACUGAGUGUACGCUUCUGUUAUUAAAAGAUUCACACGGUCUAGCUUAUAA